AUGUGUCCAGGCGGAACUCCGUCUCCCGAGUUCAAUAACUCCGUAGCCGAUACCCUCGCGAGUUACGGCAAGCUCGAAGACGUCUCUGGAGCCGUGAGGAGCUAUCCUUUAUGGAACGAAUACUGGGAAGAUAAGAGGUCUAAAUGCGAGCAGAUCAACGUUCCAACGUAUGUAGUUGGCUCAUGGACGAACCCUAUUCAUACACCGGGAACAUUGAGAGCUUUCCGAGCCAUCCCUGAAUUUGUCCCAAAGUGGCUUCGAAUACAUAUCUCUAUGAAAUGGUCUGACUAUUAUGCCGACUCCAGUUACCGUGAUCUCAAGCGAUUUUUUGACUAUUUUCUGAAGGGAAGCAUUGACAAUCCCUGGUCGGCAACGCCGAAAGUGCGACUCAGUGUUUUGAACUUUGGGCUUUCUGGCUUGGAUGAUACCACUAAUAGGGCAGAGGCGGACUGGCCAUUGGCUCGGACCAAGUACCAAAAGCUCUAUCUGACCCCAGAUCAGAAACUGAGCCCAUCGCCGCUAGGUCAGCCGAGUCGAGUCACAUAUAAUGGGGAAAAUGGGAAGGCCGCGUUUCAAUAUCGCAUUCCGCAUGACUUGGAGACUACGGGAUAUUUUGUUGCCCGACUUGCAGUAUCCUGCUCAUCCGAAGCUGACAUGGACUUGUUUGUUCAGGUUUGCUGUCUUCGAGGACGGUCUUCGUACAAGCAAGGUGUCCUCACCAUUCGGCCGGAUAACGUUCUUGUGCUCAAUUGUUGA